AACAGCGGACAUUUAAAACCCGUCAUGACUCUUUAGCUGUACUGGCGAAAGCAGUUUAGUCGAAUUUAUUACAAAGUUUCGAAAUGUGGUACCUUUUGUGAGUCUCGUCAACGUCUGCAACUGCAGACGCUAAAGGAAGUAGGCCACCAGGUACCGGGGACACCGCUUAAUCCGAAACACCAGACUCUGUCGCUAGCUUAUUUUUGCUGGCACUACGACGAAAUUUCUCCAUUGUUAACUGUGGAGGAACUCAGGCAGAGGUGUUGGUGACUUCAGCGAGGAGGAGGACGACAGUGAAGAGUUGAAUCCAUCACAGGAGUGGACUUCCAGCCGUCACUAUGGGUGAAAGAAAAGGAACAAACAAAUACUAUCCGCCGGAUUUCGAUCCAGCCAAGCAUGGAUCCCUCAAUGGCUACCAUAAAACCCACGCUCUGCGAGAGAGGGCCAGGAAGCUGUCACAGGGCAUCCUCAUUAUCAGGUUCGAGAUGCCGUACAACAUCUGGUGUGACGGCUGCAAGAAUCACAUCGGCAUGGGGGUGCGUUACAACGCGGAAAAGAAGAAAGUGGGGAAAUACUACUCCACGCCAAUCUACAGGUUCAGGAUGAAGUGCCACCUGUGUGUGAACUACAUCGAGAUGCAGACGGACCCGGCCACCUGCGAUUAUCUGAUCGUGAGCGGCGCCCGCAGGAAGGAGGAGCGCUGGGACAUGGCUGAGAACGAGCAGAUCCUCACCACAGAGCGGGAGGAGAAGGAGAAGCUGGAGACGGACGCCAUGUACAAACUGGACCACGGAGGAAAAGACCGACAGAAGCUCACCAAGGCUCUGCCCUCGCUGUCGGAGAUCCAGGACUACCAGGCCGGCUGGAAGGACGACUUCCAGCUCAACAGCUCCCUCCGCAGGAAGUUCAGAACGGAGAAGAAAGUUAUGGCUGAGCAGGAAGAAAAGGACAACGCGGUCCGAAUGAGGACGAACCUUUCCAUCCCGCUGCUGCCGGAGAGAGAGGAGGACAAGAAGCUGGCGGCGCUGCUCACCUACCAGACGCCCGACUCGUACGAAGACAAGAAGCACAGCAAACGCAAAGAGAUCUCAUCUCGCUCCUGGUUCACCUCGCCUUCCUCCUCGGCACCACCGGGGAGCGCCGCAGGCUCUCUGCUCCACAAGCUGGGCCUGCAGGGGAAAGGAGCGGCGGUGGCCAAAGCUCUGGGCUCCUCGCACAGCCCCCUCAUCCGCAGGCGCUCGGCCAAGGACGAAGACGGGGCAAAGGUCACGCAGAGCGAAGACGCAGCGACAGCAGGAGGCCACAAGGAGGCGCUUCAAGGACGGACAGGGGAGAAGGUCACGUGUUCGGCAUCUCUCACGUCUCUGGUGGCCGAUUACAGCGACUCGGAUUCAGAUUCGGAACCACGACAAAGUUCUCCGUCCAGAACAUCAACAGAGUGAUCAAAGACUUUAUCAGCCUCACUGUGGGAAACGUCAAGGUUUCACUGGAUCAUUAAUGUAUCAGAAAGAAGAUCUCUGGAAAAGGUUUUCUGGAUUUCAGAUCUCAUGCACACACACACACACACACACACACACACACACACACACGUUAUCCAGUCAUAAAGCUGCUAUAAACCCUGUAUAAUAAAUGUAAAGUACUGAUCAAAGUUUGUUUCUUGAGUUUUUCACUCCACAUUUCAACAGAUAAUUUAGACCAGGGGUGUCAAACAUAAGGCCUGUGGACCAAACCCAACUCAAGACUCCAGUCCAGCCCACCAAGCCACCAAGCAAAGAAAACAUUGUUCUGUUUUUUUUUUUUACAUUUCUUCGGAGCUGCAGAAACAACCCAGAUAUCGGCGAUGCUGCCAUUAAAGAUCAUUGGCUCACUGGUAUCAAACCAGUCUCAGCAGUGUGACGCAGCAGCUGUAGGAGAAGAGUUUUGGACGCUUCACUUUUUUUUGCAGCAGAAGGUUUCAUUAAAAUUGGCUUCAUGUUGAGAUUGCAGUAACUGUGUGCACCAUUUGGUUUUGUGCCACAACACAAAAUUUAAAGGUCAUUAUGGCACUGUUUUACCAGUCUGGUCCACUUCAGAUGGAACUGGGCGGCACGUGGUCCCUGAACUAAAGUGUAUUUGACGUCCCUGAUUAAGGCUUUCUUCCCACAUUAUGUCCAACACAGAUCCUGAAGUC